AUUGGAGCAGAUUUACUCAGAGCGUGUAACUGAACGGUUGUGUUUGGAUACUGAUACACAGCAAUAGAGAAAGCAAGUGAGAGCGAACUUUAAAGAAGGCUAGACGAUAGAUAGGCUCAAACGAGACGCUUACAUAAUACAUUUGGCAAAUACUCUCAUAUAUCCAUCCAGCGGAGAAGAAAAUGGCCCAAAAAGUGCUAAGAAAUGUCACCCACUGUAUCUUUGAUAUGGAUGGACUGUUGCUGGAUACGGAAAAGAUCUACGAAGAUGUGACAAGGCAAAUAGCAGCCAGUUUUGGCCGGACUUAUACAGUGGCCACCAGAUUUCGUGUGAUGGGUACUACUGAUCAGCGUUCCGCCGAUAUUGCCAUAGCAGAAUGCAAGCUACCCUUGACACGGGAUCAAUUCCUGCAGCGCUAUAAAAAAAUGUGCGGUGAACGCAUGCACAGUGUUCCACUGCUGGAAGGUGCCGAGCGUCUUUUACGUCAUUUGCAUGCCCACAAGGUGCCUUUCUGUUUAGCCACCAGUUCGAGUGCUGAUAUGUUUGAACUAAAAACCACUCUGCAUCGCGAAUUAUUUGAUCUUUUCAAUCACCGUGUAUGCGGAUCUAGUGAUGCAGAGGUGAAAAAUGGUAAACCUGCUCCCGAUAUUUUCCUAGUGGCUGCUCAGCGUUUUAAAGAUAUUCCUAAACCGGAAAGUUGCCUCGUCUUCGAGGAUUCCCCCAAUGGGGUGACUGCGGGAAUUAGUGCUGGCAUGCAAGUUGUUAUGGUCCCGGAUGAACGUUUAUCCAAAGAACGUUGUGACCAUGCCACACAGGUGUUGGCCUCUUUGGAGGAUUUCAAGCCCGAACAAUUCGGUUUGCCGCCAUUUAGUAAUUAAUUUGUUGAGAUGCAUGUUACAGGACUUAUACUAUGUACCUUAUAAGCAUAAAGAUAGAAAGAUGUAUUUGUGUAUGUACAAACUCGUAUGCGAAAAAAAAAAUGAAAUGUUUAGAUGAAUUCUUACAAUACUCCCGUUAA